UGGGAGCCUCUUCAGCAGCUUUUGGACUGUGGCUUCACCAACGAGGUGGACCUCGUGGAUCGCUGGAAGGAGUCCGGCGAGGAGAAGUUCAAGGACUUCUGGCCCAACGACGAGUUCGGCAAGCGUGCAAUUGGUGCUGACGCUCGUGGCCUGUGCAUGUUCAAUGCACUGAAGCGUGCGGUCGAGCUUGCCGGACGCCCGGACAUCGUCACGCAAGAUGAUAUCGACACGUUUGUGGCUGAUGAACUCCGAGAGCAUGGUGUGGACCUCACAGUGGGCACUUCGUGGAAGGUGGUGCUACGGUUCCUGCGCCGCCUCAGGGAUGCUGGCCGGGAUUUCAUCUUCAAGGCCAUCGACAAGGACAACUUCACUAUUGCUGGACGGCGUGGAGCACGUGUGCUGGAGGAAGUGCCUCUCUACAACGGACUUUACUUCGUUGUUGCCUACCACCACAGUCUAGUGGGGCACGCGUUCGUGCUAAGCGUCCAAGGGAAGUGUCGGAGCCGCAUCUACGACUUGAAGGAGCCCAAGCCAGUGGCGUCGGCGAUGGACUGGAUUACCUUCGUGGCCUGUAUUCGACCUUUCAUUGUCUUUAAG